GUGCGCAAAGGAUUGUGGGCUCGGCGCGUAUGUUUCCAUCAUGGCGGCGUCAAUUUCGGGAUAUACUUUUAGUUCUGUGUGUUAUCACAGUGCCAACAGCAAUUGUGACCAUGAAGGCUUCCUGUUGGGAGAAGUGAGACAAGAGGAAACUUUAAGCAUCAGCGACUCACACAUCGGUAGUUCAGAAUUCCUCAGUGUAAUAGAGGUCCAUAAUCAUGAACCUUGUGCACAACUGUUUAGCUUUUAUGACUAUGCAGGUAACGUCAAUGAAGAAAAUCUCAACAGAAUCCUCAAGGAUAGAAGAAAAAAUGUUAUCGGCUGGUACCGGUUUCGAAGGAACACCCAACAGCAGAUGUCAUUCAGGGAGCAGGUGAUCCAUAAGCAGUUGACCAAUAUACUUGGCAUCCCAGAUCUGGUCUUCCUCCUCUUCAGCUUCAUCUCCACAGCCAAUAGUUCCACACAUGCUUUGGAGUAUGUGCUCUUCAGGCCCAACAGAAACAGGUAUAAUCAGAAGAUAUCUCUAAGCAUCCCAAACCUGGGCAACACCAGUCAACAGGAAUAUAAAGUCUCAUCUGUGCCGAACACCUCCAAGAACUACGCCAGUGUCAUUAAAGAACAUGGGACUGACUUCUUUGAUAAGGAUGGAGUGAUGAAAGACAUUCGAGCUAUUUUUCAGGUGUACAGUGCCCUUCAAGAAAGAGUGCAGGCGGUGUGCUGUGAAGUGGAUCAAAGUGAACGAGUGAGGGAGAAAAUCCAAGAAGAAGUAAACAAACUCAAAGAGGAAAUCGCUCUCAGGAAACGCAACAGCGCUGAGGAAGAGAGAAGACUCCAAGAGGCAGCCGCUGUCACGCUUCCCGAUAACUCUGCCCUUCCCGAUAACUCGGCCCUUCCCGACUCCUCACACUCUUCGCUGACUCGAGUCGUGCUCUCAGGUCCCUCAGUGGAGCCCAGUUUAAAGAGAGCAGUGAACUCGUCAUCUCCACCGAUCUACAGCACCGCACUGCCUCCAGAUUCACCAAGCGCUAUACUGCUACCACGGCCCCAAGCCGUGGGCUCGCCCGGCCACCCGUCUCCCAGUGUGGGCCUGGGCAAUGGAGACGGCUCGAGCUCAGAUUCCCUGAAUCGCCAGGCCACCGGCCAGGAGGAUGAGGAUGACGACGAUGAGGACAGUAGCGAGUACGAAAAUUUAGUUAGUGAGCAAUUGCAGCCACCUUCCUUAUCGGAAAGUGUUACAUUAGUACGACCUGCUACCCUGUGGCCCGACGGAGACGCCCACAGCCCUCCGGGCUCAUAGUGAUUGAGCAAACCACUGGGGACAUUGACAAACGAACAGAACUAUUUGUGAUUGUGAGGCUGGUGGUGUUCAGAACACAAACAAGCACUUGCCUUUUGUGAGUUAUGACAAUGCUGUCCUGUUGUACACAUUUAACAGCUCUGUGCAGGGGACGUCAUUGGGUUGUGACGGACUCCCAAGUGGCGAUGUAAUGAUGUCCCCAUCUAUGUGGACCGACGGACCCCCUUUCUCCGUUUUACGCUCUCUUUUUUUUUUUUUUUUUUGGGUGGAGAGGUCCAUCCCGCUUAUCUCGGCGUCUGCUACUCACUGGAGUUAUUCGGUUCUUGCUCCAUUUACCUCUUGCACUGUUUUGCCUUCAUUUGAUCUGCGUUUGAAUAGAUUAGCAAAGGGAAAGAUGUCUUUUUUUUGCGGCCUUUAAACACAUCUCUGUGAGCUUCAACCAUGACUUGUUCAUUGUCUCGCUUCAUAAAUCUGAAUGGACAAAAAAAAAGAAAAGAAAAAAAAAACGCAGUUAUAAUAUGUGCUUAGGACUGCAGCUGCCUGACACUUGAACAGUUCUUGUUCUAGAAAAGUUAUUUUAUUUGUUUGUUUUUAUUAGUUAUAUUUGAUUUGAUUGAGUAAUAUAAUGGCCUAUUCAUGAAAAAAAGAAAGACCAUUUUUGGUCUAUGAUUAUAUAAGUUACUUCGAUAAGGGGUGCUUCUUGUAUUUUUUAUGGCGUACUGUAGAUCACUACUAAUUUCAUUGGCUUAAUUCUAACACGUUUUUGUCCUGAUGAUUAUAUAAUUUUUGCUCCACUUCAAACUUUUACCAUUGAGCUUUAACUGAAUUUUCCGGUCGUGCGGUUUGAUGGAGCCAAUCAGAAACUGGAAGGGUCAAAAUGCAGCAUCAUCGAUCUCAGGAUUCUUUUACAGUACCUGGACUGUUGCUUUCUCUCAUCAUCUUGUCCACAUGCCUUUGUUCAUUGGUUACUUAAAGCAGUUCAGCAGUGGAUUGGUUUAGUACUCUAUGAUAAUGUGAAAUAAAGAUUUCAGCCAUAUGCAGCAGAGCUUAAGGGGUAGAAGCAGUCUUGUCAUCUGUUAGAGGAGGUUUUACUGUCUGAUCAAACCAAAAUCGCUUUGUAUGUGUGCGAGUCUCAGAAAGAAAAAAAAACAUGUCUGGGUCACUUUACCAUUAAUCAUUAAAUAAAAUUAUUUAAAUAGUAUAUAAAAUACGAAAUUGAUAUUAACAUUUAUGUAUAUACUUUCUCUCUUGGAUUUUUUUGUUCUUUAUAGGUGAUAAUCAUUUUUCAUUUUCCUAAUACAGAAAUGUUUUAAACUAGCGUUUUGCAUGAUUGAUAAAUUUUAAUUUUUAUAACAAUUUCUUUCUUUUGAGAUUUGGGGAGAAAAUGUGAAAAAAUAACCAAAAAUAAUAUGUCUUAAUGGUACAAAAACACUUGUUUCAUAUACGUGAAAUGUGACUAGGACAUGUUCUUGUGAGAUUCACCCAUGUAGUGCAUAUUGCAAACGAUUUGGGCAAUUAAUCCGAGUGUUGAGCUGUUGGACUUUUUCACCCAAAGAAUCCAAAACUCUUAAUUUCUUUGUUUUAUCUCAGGAUCUGACGCUCUGGCAUUUAUUUUGGCAGAGGCUGGAAACAUCUCACUUUUCAUUUAGUACAUUUCUCCAGUUCUGUCUAGGACAAAAAUAUAACAAAUGUUUGUUCUCUGGCAUGAGUGUGAAUGGGAGUACACUGAUCUUUUAGUCAGUUGUAUCAGGCUGCAUUGACUGUAUGCUUUAAAUGUUUUUGCCUUUGGCAUUGAUCUUUAUGUGUAAAGCCAAAAAAGACACCGACACCACCACCACCACCGUUUUCGGCACAAAUCUGAAAGUGUUAAAGCAAACAAUUGCAUUGAUGUGGAGAAAUGCCACAUUUAAAUUUGACAUGGGCUUGUUUGGACAGCUGGCAGCUGGUCCCUCAGAGCUUUAAAAAAUGUGAUUUUAUCAUACUAACAUGUUCCUGAGAAAGUUUCGAAUGAACAUAAAUGCCAUUUCAGGACAAACUAUGAGUAUAUUUAUAUAUAUAACUAUAUAUACACACACACAUAUACACCGUCUGAUUUUUUUCUAUGAUUAAUCAGUCAAUUCACAGUGAUCUCUUGAACAUCUCAAGACAACCAAUUCAGUGUCAAUCCUGCUGCCAUAUUGCCUUUUGCCCUCUUCUUACUGAAGCUUUCAAAUCUGAUAACGAAAUAAAUCAAAAUGUGGCAGUGUGCCAUUUUAAUAUGGGAAAUA